AUGAUUAAUAAUCAUGCUUGUACAUUACAAUCAGAAUGUGUUGAACUUUAUAAUUGUAUUAAUGGGAUAUGUACACAUAAGAACUUCUUUCCACCAACCUUAUCUGAGUUGAUAGGUAUGCUAAUAAUAGCCAUUUUUACAGGUUUUGCAUCUCUUGCUGGUAAUUUAUAAUAUUAAAAUUAUUUUAGGAAUAGGAGGAGGAGGAGUUGUUGUUUCUUUGAUGACAAUGUUUUUUAAUUAUUCAUAAAAAGAAGCUUUAUUAGGAGUAUUCUUACCUAUUUUUGGAGCAGCUUUAGGCAAUUUCCUAAAUUUAGUUUAACAAUUGGAUCCAUAAACUAAAACUCCAGUUGUUAAAAUAAGAAGUGCAAUAGUUGCAUGUCCAGGUAUGAUAAUUGGAAGUAUGGUUGGCCUUAUUCUUAAUAAAAUACUACCUGCUUUCUUUUUAAUAUCAAUUUUACAAUACUUUUUAUACUUUUCAUGUUAAAAGUUUUAUAAAACUGCUGUUAAAGAAUGGAACAAUGAAAAUUAAAGAAAAUUAGAAUAAAAUUCACUUGAUAUUCCAAUACUUAAUAAAUUAUCCGAAGAAAAACAAUAACUACUUUAAGGUAGUUCAUUUCGAGACAAUUUUGAUACUAUAAUUGCUAUUUGUAUCAUUGUUGUAACUGUUCUUCUUGGAUUGUUCCUUAGAGGAUCUGCAAAUGUCUAAUCUAUUAUUGGAGUAUCUUAUUGUGGUUUCUUUUAUUGGAUAAUUACAUUAGGUUUAGUCAUUACAUUAUACUAUUAUUUCGAUAAAAUGUUUGAUAGAUUUCAAAAAGAAGAAUUAAAACCAUUAAAAAAAGAAUGUUUAAGAGAUUCAAUUAAAGCUGGAUUAUUUAAUGGAUUUGGAUUAGGUGGAGGUAUGAUACUUAUACCUAUGUAUAUGGGAAUGGGUUAUACUACUAUACAAAGUACAGGAACAUCAUCAUUUAAUGUUUUACUUAGUUCUUUUUAAGUUGCAGCUCAAGUUAUUAUUCUUGGUUAUAUGGGAACAAUCUAAGCCUUUACUUUAUUUACAUUAACUGUUAUUGGAUGCUAUUUCUCUAGUUCUUAUAUUUUUAAUUACUUAAAAAGAAGAGAUAGAUUGUCUAUCAUUAUGUGGGGAUUAGUUGGAUUUGUCAUUUUUGCUAUGCUUAAUUUGGCAAUAUAAUUUUUUCAGAAAUGGUCUCAUAAUGGUUACUAGAUUUUUGAGUUAUUUGCAUUUUAAAGUAUUUGUUGA